GGCGGGGCCCGGCCGCGUCCCUCCCGGCGGCGGUCCGCGGGCGGCAGCGCCCUGCCCGGGCCCGGCGGGGAGCCGGGGCGCUCCCGGCAUGUCGCAGGCCGCCAUGUCCGAGACCUACGAUUUCCUGUUUAAGUUCUUGGUCAUAGGAAAUGCUGGAACUGGAAAAUCCUGUUUGCUACACCAGUUUAUUGAAAAGAAGUUCAAAGAUGAUUCAAAUCAUACAAUAGGAGUGGAAUUCGGUUCAAAGAUCAUAAACGUUGGUGGUAAAUAUGUAAAAUUGCAGAUAUGGGACACAGCAGGACAAGAGAGAUUCAGGUCUGUAACAAGAAGUUACUAUAGAGGCGCUGCAGGUGCUUUGCUUGUCUAUGAUAUAACCAGCCGAGAAACCUACAAUGCGCUUACUAAUUGGUUGACAGAUGCAAGAAUGUUAGCAAGUCAAAAUAUUGUAAUAAUACUGUGUGGAAACAAAAAGGAUCUUGAUGCAGAUCGUGAAGUUACUUUUUUAGAAGCAUCCCGGUUUGCACAAGAAAAUGAGCUGAUGUUCUUGGAAACAAGUGCACUAACAGGGGAAAACGUUGAAGAGGCCUUUGUACAGUGUGCAAGAAAAAUACUCAAUAAAAUUGAAUCAGGAGAGUUAGAUCCAGAAAGAAUGGGCUCAGGUAUUCAGUAUGGAGACGCUGCCUUGAGACAGCUGAGAUCACCACGUAGAGCACAAGCACAAAGUGCUCAAGAAUGUGGGUGUUAAAGAAGCAAAGCACAAAAUUCCAAAUACUCACUUUAGAUACAGAAGCUCUCGAGAUUUUACAUUGAUUGGUGUGGGUAAGUGAUGGAGUUCCUAUGUAUUUUUCAGCUGUCCAUGUAAAUGGCGUUUGAAGAAACAAAAUUUGAGAGCUAUGCAGUUUUUAAACACGCCUUUCCGCUAUAUACAGACAGAGCAGAUGACUGCUGACAGAAAGGUGCGCCGUGUGCUAUGGGUGGAGGAUUGUCCAUGUGACACAAAAGCCUGUAAAGCAAACCUGAUAAUUCAGUGGACAAUGUUAAGGUGAUACCUGUAUGUAAACAUUUUCCGUUGCCUACUUUUGUUCUUUCAUCUUUAUUUGAAAGCAUUGCUAUAUACUGUAAAUAAUGUAACAGUAAAUUUACAAAGCAUGGUAUGCUUAUAUAUGAUGAUAGAAUGUUGCACUACAAGCAGUUUAAUAUUUUAUUUUUUUAUCAUAUAAACUAAAAUUUAACUGAGGUAGGCUUUGUCGUGUUUGUUGCACAACAGUUUAUAUUUAUGCCAUAUAUUACAAAACCACUGGCAGUGUCAGUAAGAGGUGGCUGUUUGUUUUUCCUUCUUAAUUUGACACAUUCUGACAAGGUGUUUACACAACUGAUUUUCAAUGUAGGGUUAGACCCAUAGUUAACAUUUUGUAACACAUCAAAUUGGAGAAUUCAUCUUUAUUGAAGUUCACAUAUCCUAUUUUAUCAUAAUUCUUAAGUAUCUCUUAAGAUAUUUAAGAAUUUACAAGUUCAGAAAAAUGCUUUUAAAUCUCUCAAAUGGCUGUCAACUGACAUGCAUUCUCGAAUUUUUCUUGGUCCUGAUGUUUUGUUUAGCACUGGUGUCAUGAUGAUAGUAUGUAUAUGUGAACAGAACUGUGCAUCUUCUGUGUGUUUUGUAAUUCUAGUGCAGGGGCAGGGGCUCAUGGAGAACAAUCACAGGAGGAGUUCUAUUUAACCUCUUACUUCUGACUAAGAAAUCAACUAGGGAAAAAUGUCUGGUGAAGCAUACCUGGUAAAGUACAAACUGAACCCCACUGUUUUUUUCCUAAACUAUCCUGAACAUUUGAAGUUUAGAAUACUAAUAUCUUGUUCUUAAACUCUUACAAGGUACAACUAAGAACUUGAAUUGUAAAAUUAGAUUUUAAAAUUAUGAACUUAAAGUCUGCCUUUCUGGAGUUCUACCUUUUUUUGUGUGGAUACUACAAUGCUAUCCACAUUGCUUCCAGAAGACUUGCAUGAGAAGAAAAAAAUAUGAAUAUUAAUGUAGUUCUUUCUUCCUGUGAAGCUCAUCAAGGAAACCUUCAGCCUUGGUGCUAAUUUUUGUAUGUUAAUUAAUUCUUCCCCUGUGCUGCUUUUGUAUGGUGGGGAAGAGGUAUGGAACAAGAGAUUAGGAAUCCUGUUGUCAUUGCUUAGCUGGAGACAAAAGAGAAGAGACUUGCAGAGGGUUCAAGAGGGAAGAGAGAACCACAAGUAUUGCAUACCAUUUUUACAGUGUCAUAACAACUGAUCAGGUAAGAGAUGGGGCUUUUAUGGAGCUGUGGAAAUAAGUUAGUGUUUCUGGAGGUAGCCAAACUCAAACUGCUGGUAGGGAGUGACAUUCCAGUUGUACUCAUAUAAGUAAGUAAAAAUAUCUAUAGUGAUUUCCAACUAGAAAGGGGAUGUUAUCCUGGAAGUGCAAAUUAACACAAAAUAGGUCAUCUGAUCAGAACCCAGGGCUGAAAUUCCAAGGGUAAAAGUGCUUUAUUUUCCUAUACAUAAAUCUUCCCUAUUUAAGGGACAUUGGUCAAAUGCACAUUUAAAAACUAAAUAAGAAAACUAAACCAAGGCUCUAAUUCAGAGGGCAGUUAAUGCACAAGAGCAAGCCAAAAAUCCUACAGAGAGGAGAGGUGUGAGAGGAGAGGUGUACUGUCUUUCAUGGAAUUAGAAUUGCAUGGAAAAAAUAUUGUCCUGACACUUUUGGUUCAAAUAGAUGCUCAUUGCAAAAUUAUACAUCCCUGGCUCAUCUCUGAGUUAAAAGUACAAAAUAAUUAAGUUUGCUAUGUACUAGAAAAGCCUAGGCUUAGUUUUAAAAAGGUUGUAGGGUCUAAAGAUUUUCAUGUUAUAGCUCGCUAUGUAUCAUGUUUUAAGAUUUUCCAGUCCUUUUCCCUUUGUAUACAAGAGUGGCCCUUUGUUUAUACUAGUUCAUGUGAUCAUUUUGGUCAUGUGUCAGUGGUUAAGCAGCAGUAAGCACAGUUUUAUUCUUUAACAAAUUGUCUUAUGCUGUCCCCUUCCCAUGAGGAAGGGAAGAAUACCUUCAUUAUAAUCAGGAUUGCCAGGUUUUUAUAAUUUUCUUAUACUUACACCCUUACUAUAUUAGUGCAUAUUAAACCUGGUUAAUAUACAUGUUUUGUAAAGUGUUGCACCCUUAGGCUGUAUCUCACUGACAUUUAAAAAAAGAUACUUUCUAAAAUGGCAGCUUCUGGGGAGAAUACUGUUGGAAGCAGUAGCUUUCCAGUGUAAGCUGUGCAGUUUACUCUUUUUCCUCUGAGUAUUUUUAUUUCUAAAAAUAAACAUCAUGCCUAUAAGAGCUCUGGAAUCAAUUUUAAGCUUUAACAUUAUAGUUCACACAGCAAACCAAACAUAGCUCACAUAAUAUUAAGUGAUAAAUGUUAAAUUAUAUAUGGUUUUUAGUGUAAAGUUCUUACUUUACCAAAGCAAGAUGGCUUAGUUUUUACACAAAAUACUAGGCACCCAUAUCCUAGGAUUUACUGGAUAUGGAACUUUAACAGUUCAGAGCUUUAGAAGAUUUAAAUGUCUUAUUAAAUCCUGUCUUGCCUUUUAAUGAGGCUGCUGGCCUAUACUAUUUCAUUUCAUGCUUGUAUCUAACACCAAAUAAAGAAUUUUUGAUUUCUA